UUACGUCCCAUAGUCACUUCACUAUCUAUCAUAUGUACUAUCCAACUUCGGCUGACGACACGUACUAUAGACAUCGAUGGGACCAAGACUACAUAACUUGUAGUUAAUAGCGAAAACAAUCACAUGUGAAGUAUGUCCUUAUCGAAAACCUUCUUCAAGCAUGGCCAUAGAUAAAUAGCGUUUAAAGUGUAAACCCCUAGGUAUACAGCCACUUGACAACAUCUCUAUCUUUUUCCAGGUAUAUUGAGUAAUUGAGGAAAGGAUUCCACAUAAUCAUGGCUGCGAUAAUGGAGAACCUGCUACCGGCCGUCACGGGAGAAAAUCGCAAAGAUGAGAUUGUCAUAGACACGCGGUUUGACAGGCUUAUGAAGAUGCUGACCGUCUGGCUGCCGUUGUUGGUAUCUGGCACGCUGUUUCUGGGUGAUUUCACCGGUGAACCUCAGAACGUCGUCUGUUACCCCCCAUCAAACUUCACCAUUCCUCAAGCAAACUACUUGAACAGCUUUUGUAAAGAAAGUCUGGUUUCAGAACAAAUCACGUCCUCAAUGUUUCCCUAUUUUGUGCUUUUAUUUGCACUACUGAUGUACAUACCCCAUUUGUUGUGGAAAUUAAUGUUCGGCAAAGACCUUACUUCGCAGAUUGCUAACAUUAUAGGGGAAAUCGAGAACUCGUGGCAAAAUACACACACGGUGUUUUCAAUGCCGCAAAGUGAACUCAUGCCUUUAGCAGGCGGCUGCAUGCCCAGUUAUUCUGCAACCAUAGGGCUCAUUGAAUCUAGAAAGUGGGGUAAUGUCCUAGUAACAAAAAUUAUAACUCUGCUCACCUUUGCCCUUGCUUGUCUUAUGUACCUCAUAUGGUUUGACAUAGUCGAACAAAAGAGUGAUAUCUUUGUCUGCAGUGCAAAACUCAGUGAAAAUGGAACAAGGGAAGAAGAGUAUCUAGAAUCUGUAUGUAAAGUCGUUGGAAAGCAAUAUUUGUAUUAUUAUGUUUCAAUUUUUCUUUCAAUAUCAUUCUGCAUUGGCGUGCUGUUGCCCAUAUUCUUUGUUUUGCAUGUCAAGUUAACCCGGGUAUAUUUGCUGGAUAUCAUUAACAGCCUGAAACUUGCAACAGAGCGAGUGUCAGGAGUAAAACUUAAACCAUUACCAAACAAAAUAGAUGUAAGCCCAUUCAGUGACUUUUUCAUUAUCAGUCGUCUCUGUGGGGAGAACAGACACGUUUCAUCAUGUUUGCACGAAGUUCUGAACAUUCACACCGGCCCCACCCCUAAUAUGUGGGUAGAUACAGCUGAAUACGAGUCCACCUGCAGUGAUGAUGAGGUCUCAAUCGAAAGAGAAACGAAUGUGUAAAAGGACACCAGUCUGAGGUGUAGUCCCCUUAACAGUAAUUAUAAGUCGGACCCUUUCCUGCUUAUCAGUUCUGAUUGUAUGUCUGAUUCCUGCACGCCGCCUGUGUACAUGAUACAUAAUGACAUAGUUAUUUACUACUGUCUGUAUUACUUUAUUCAGUUUUCAAUGCAGAGUUGCGGUGGUUUGAUAUAGACGAUAGGGACAAUGUUGAACUUUGGUCAUUUCAGAAUCCUGUUCCAUUUUUCACAAGAACGUGUUUUUCUCAUCUAACUUUAGUAUCAUAAGACAACUUUUUAUUUUCUUGCCUUGUACGUUUGUGAUAUUUGUAGUUCUUCAUAGAUUUGAAGUGCUGUAAGUUGAACAUCUAGAUUCUAAGGGACCUAAGAUUUUACAUCGUCCACACUUUUCUUUUAAAUGAUUGUAAUAUAAUUAUUGUUUUG